CGAGGAGGCCUGGCGCGGAAACGGGAGAGCAGCCCGGGUCCUUGAUGCUCCCGGGGGUGGGAGGAGAUGGGGGUGGGGAUGGGCGGGGUGAUGCCUUUAUUCGGGCCGACCGAACCCGGACAGGUAAGAGGUGUGCAAGCUUUCGAGCUCCCCGAUUCUCUCUAGUCAGGUGUGAAUUGUAUAGUUGUAUGUGCGGUAACAACAUGUCUGUCCCCCUCCUUGCUGAUGCUGUGACCAUUUCAGGGACAGAGCGGGAGACUGCAGCGGUCAUUUUUUUGCACGGGCUUGGUGACACGGGGCACAGCUGGGCUGAUGCUCUGUCUUCUAUCCGGCUCCCUUACGUGAAAUACAUCUGCCCUCAUGCACCCAGGAUCCCUGUCACUCUCAACAUGAAGAUGGUUAUGCCCUCCUGGUUUGAUUUAAUGGGGCUAAGUCCGGAUGCACCAGAAGAUGAAAAUGGCAUUAAAAAAGCUGCUGAGAACAUUAAAGCUGUAAUUGACCAUGAAGUAAAAAAUGGGAUCCCAGCCAACCGAAUCAUCUUGGCAGGCUUUUCACAGGGGGGCGCCCUCUCCCUCUACACAGCGCUCACUUGCUCUCACCAGUUGGCUGGCAUUGUGGCCCUCAGCUGUUGGCUCCCCCUGCACAGGACCUUCCCUCAAGCAGCAAGUAAUGGUGUGAACAAAGAUAUCGCCAUUCUCCAGUGCCACGGUGAGAUGGACCCAAUGAUCCCAGUGCGCUUUGGAGCUCUCACUGCAGAGAAGCUGAAGGGGGUGGUGAAUCCUAGUAGAAUCCAGUUCAGAACCUACCCAAGAAUGAUGCACAACUCUUGCCCUCAGGAGAUGAUGGCCGUGAAAGACUUCAUUGAGAAGCUGUUGCCCAGGAUUUAAGCCGAGCUAGUCAAGACUGUUCCAGGGAGAGGAGGCAGAGGUCACCAGCUUUGAUCUUGAACCCUUGACCUGUUGGCUGCAAUUGGAAGCCAUGGCAAUCCACCUCCUCACCAGUCACUCGUCUCCUUUCUUGAGCCUUCCCCUCCUGCCUGUGCUGUCCCCCCUCCUGUGCAAAGGGAGGGGAGAGGGCCCUUCUCUCUCGCAGGGCGGGUGAAGGUACCAAGUGGUUUUAAGGUACAGCUGAGAUCCUAAUCUUGCAGAUUAUUAUUUCAGUCGCCUUUCAGUAUUUCCCUAUUCUCUCCUCUCUCCUGUUCCGUCUAUCCCUACUCCCCCCAACCCCCAACCCCCAAAAACCAAAUCUAAACAUAAACUGCCUGCUGUGGCAAAGAACUGUGUGGUAGCCAGAGGCUUAAAGCAAAAGGUAUUAAGAGAUGGUAUUCUGGCUAUUACAGUACUUUCAAAGGAGUUUCACAGUUCAGUCUUCUGAACAGUCCAUCGAGCAUCCUUCCCCUCAUGAUUCUCAGCCCGUCCCACUUCAUAUUUCACUGGAACCAUUUUAGCGAUGCAGGCAGGCUCAACUUUCUCAGGCCUGCCUGGCAAGGCAGGAAAUCUUGUUUCUGCUCUGCGCAGGCUAUCGGCUUGCCACUCUGUGUACCACGCGUUCUCCUCCAAACUUCCCUCAGCAAAAAAAGGGGAAGAGUUGUGUUGUGUCGAAGGCCCACGGCCGGUUGGUCCCCCAGAGGCAGCUUGUAACACUGGCAGCUGCUCCACCAGUCCCUACCCUGAUUGGAGUGAUAAGGUGGUGGAGAGGACCCACUGCACCAGGAAUCACUCCACUUUGUGUGUUAUGGACUGUUUUGUAUUGUGUUCUCUGAUCCACGCUACCUUUAUCCUGACCCCCGGGCUCCUUUUUGUUUUUGUUGGGAUCAAGAGAAGAUGGCGAUUCCGGGGAGCGGACUCAAGAUGGCUCUGGCCAGUAGGCCUCUCUAGGGUACGGUCUCUGACAAUUCCACUUAAAGUCUGGGCAGUGCUCAGACAAUGGCUGUUCUAGCCUGCUAUGCCAGCUUGUGUUCCUGCCCAGUCACACCAAGCCAAGUGCAAGCUGGGUUUUGGUGUGUGCCACGUUGCCAGAAUUGUGCUCCUGCCUCACCACCCCUCCUUUCCUGUGUGGUUCCCUGAGUCCAUAGUCUCUCGUUUCCCCCCUGAGAUCCGGCUUGUGCCUCAGAGCAGGGUGCUGUUGAACAGCAGCAGUGUUUCUUUUCCUUCUCUCCCUUGCUCCAGUGAGUCCUCCCUGUGGGCUUAUAGGACUUGCAGCCAGGGAUAAGAGGCAACUUCAAAAGGAACUCCCCCCGCCCCCCCCCGCCCCCUUUCUUUGGUUUUGGCGAAGGGCUAGUCUUGUGUGUCACCUCUCCACCUGUUCUGUGUGCGGACUUUGCGCCCUUCCUUCUCCCUGUCCUAUGCAGUCCUUUUCACUGGGCAACAGCAAUAAGAAGACACGGGACUAGGGCAUGUCUGUCCUUUCCCCUCCUGACUUUGGUGAUGGGAUAGAGACAGGCUUACCCAACAAGCCAUUGAAGUUCCACUGCAUUUUGGGGGAAGCUGAAUCAAGAUGCUUGUGAAACCGCAGGCUCCCUCUCAUGCCCCGUGCUUGGUAAUCCAACCAGCGUUGCCAAUGCCCUCUGCAAAAUUGGCUCCUGUUCUCAGAAGAUGGACUUGUGGAGAUGGCAUGAGUGUGGCUCUUGUGUGGCAAAGGCAAAGCAAGACCAUCCAGUGAAAGGGAUACACGGUUUGGGCAGAGGAAGAGGCCUGGCCUCUUUGUGCACCCCCCUCCCCACCAGCAAAGGUUCCCCGGAUUGCAGGGGCACCUCAGUCAGGGCAGCUCCUGUUCACACAGGUAAUAUAAGUGGUAGUGGAAAAGGAGAAUGUCUUGAGCCUCCUAUUUUUUUUGGCCAGGAAAACAAAAUAUUCCUCUCCAGCUCAUUUGUGUUUCCCCCGUUUCAAGGGAAGGGCUCCUGCAGCUGUCUGACCUGCACCUUGGGAGUGCGAAUGGGUAGGAAAAACGCUCAUGCCCAGUCUUGCCACUGAAUAUCACCAGACAGUAAUGGUCAGAUUCUGAGAUGGUAAAAUGAGCUGUACCACCUACGGACUACAAGUGUGUGCAGAUAUCAUUCUUAAUGUUUCCAUUAAAAAAAAAAGACUUUGCAAAUAAAACAUAACAACAUAUAAAGGGAAUCCUGGCUCACCGUUUCCCCCCCCGCUCUGCUUAUUUUUUUAAAGAAUGUGGUUUGUUUUGAUAAAUUAGAUUCUGCACACAUUUGUAGUCAGAAGGGUUGCCGCCUACUUCACCAUCUCCAUGUUCUAAAGCAUUUCAGCUUCCUUCUACACCAAAUAACAUGCAAGGGGCUAUAUGGGGACAGGUCGGUUGUCUGUUGCCACCACUCAGCCCCUCUCAGGCCACUGAGUUGCAAGUGGAGAGAUCUCUGCUCUGGUUUCUGCUGGCCCAGUUUCCUCAUUGGGCCUUCCCCAAACUCUUGUCAACAUGGCCUGCAAGGUAUAGAAGGGAUGGGAACGAAUACAGAAGCCCAAGGAAGAAGAUGGCUUCUCUCUGUUCCUGCAAGGGGAUCUCAACAAUCUCUUCUCCUUUUCCCUUUGUCUUCCUUGUAUGUCAUUUUAAUUUUUGUGUUCUUCAAGAUUAAACAGAAACCACCAUUGGUGCCUCACCUUUUGGUUUGUUAAAGUCUAGUUGCAGGGCGUCACCUUUUCCUGCAGGGAGGGUUUUAAGUGUUUAACAGCUCUUACGAACAUGUGAAACUUGGGGUGAUCUGGACUUGACUGCCUGUGAGAUGCUCGAUAACCAGAGAAAGAGCCGUUCCAAAGGUGCUUUUCAAAAGGCAAUGGAGCGCUCAGUUUUUUCCUUGAAAGUAUUUAGCUUCUCAUCCAAGGAGUUUCUUCAGAAACUAAAAAAGCUUCUUGGAUGGAGAAACGAAAUGUUUUCACGAAAAAAAUGAAUCUCCAGUUUGGGACAAUCAUGGCCUGGAUGAUUGAGAAUCUCCGUAGACGGAGAAAGAGCUUUUUACUUCUUCUGGGCUCUGCCUCUCUAUUCGAAUAUGCGUAUAUAGCAGCUUUCGCCAUGCUGGCCUAGUAUGUUGAGUAAAGUCAGCCUUGGGUGAGGUGAUCCACCUUUGGGCAAUUGUCUGCACCCAAGGAUUGGUCUGGAAUUCCAUACAAAGGGCAUUGAACCUCUGUGUGCGAGAUAGAAGGGAGUAGUCAUCUCCAGGAGGAUUGAUUUUAUUUUUCUUUCUUGCUCUGUUCUCCGUUCUGCUUCGCAAGGUUUUCCUCCAGUGUUUCUCUGAGCAUUGUUAUUUGACCCUUGUUUCAGAUUUGGGGCAUUCUGAAUGCAAGCAGGAACUUUCCCUCUGAGCAUCCAGCCUCUCUUCCCUCCUGUAACUCCCAGCAAAAAUCAGAAAUUUCACUGUGGUUGCAUUUUAUGUGAAGUACUCACUCCCUAUGGGAAAUUGUCUUCUGAGAGCCUCUCUUCAGGUUCUGCAAAUCCUGCCAGGCAGAAUCAAGGCCAUCCCACCCACCAGUCAGCAGAGUUGCUUUACCACAUGAAUGUGCUCAUUUGCAUAGCAACCAAGCCAGGCUUUCCAUCAGAACAAGACCUUGAGGGUUGUCACGGGCAAAAGUGGCUCUAAAGUAGUUUUGAACAGGCUUUCAUUUCUUCCCCUCCUGUUUUUUUUUUUAAGAGAGUUUAAUAGUGAUUUUGAUUAUACCUUCAAAUUGCUGUCAUCUCCUAGCAAUGUGGUCCUAGCAACCACAUAGAUGUUUUCCAUGAUGAUCUGUCCUUAAUUUGGUCCUUCAGGUCUUUAAAGCCUAAAGGUUAACCAGAAAGACUAAUCUGGUUGCUGCUGGUUGUCCCCCUUCUAAUCUUUCCCAACCUCAGAGCCUUCUCCAGAGAGAUGGGUCUUCAAAUCAUGUCCAAAGAAGCAUAAUUUGAGCCUGAUCACCUAAUAUACUAAUUUUUAAUGAUGUGUACAGUAAAAGACAUUGUGGGAAUCCAGCCAGAGCCCUUUAUAAACCACUUUUAGCAAUUAUAGUUUAUUCAACCCAUAACAAAACAUCUUGCAUCUGUGCAGCCAGCGAAUACUGCAAAUUCAUUACUUAUUUAGAUGCCGCUGCAACCAACAACCAAUUCAUAUUACCACCUCAAAAGUAAAUAAUGUAUUACAGCAAUAAUAUAAUUUAUUCAAAGCAUUUAUUCUUGAUAUCACUUUUUCUCCCUAAGUAUUUCUGGGAUAUUGUUAUCAAGUUGCUUGUUAGCAUUUCCCAUGUUUCUUAUAUCUGAUUCAGAUUUUCAGUAAGUUUGAUUUUAGGGAGCAGGCAAAGCUUUUAGGGAAACUUUGGCUUCCUUUAAAGAGGGUUACCUUUUAUAGCAUAUUUACUGUUGUAGGGAUCUCUUAAAAUCUGUACUGAAAUGCUUCUUGUACCACUUAAGAAUAUCUGAAAAGUAUUUAAGAAUAGCUCACAGUUGAACUGUAGAGUUCUUGAUGCUCUCCAAGUUUGGUUGUUUGCUUGCAGAUGUUUAAUUACCUGACUAAGUAGCUCAAUCAGUUUUAGUGAGAUUGAAAUCGGCUCUCUAUAUAAUAGUUUCUCCUGCCACUGUUGGUGGAUGUGUGAUUUUUCUCCUUGGUUGCUCCUUAAUUAUAGUUUUCUAGAUUGUUUGUCUGGUGUUGAUCCCUGUUUAUCUGAUAUAGGUUGCUGGAAAGGAUGUGUUCUAAUCUUUUUGUUUCCUUCUUAGCUUUUUAUUGUUUCUUUUGAAUGGUGUGCAAAUGUGGUUUAUCUCUGUGUCUAUUGAUGGCUGAUUUAUCUGAAUGCUAAGCUUCCAGGAAUUCUCUAGCAUUUUUAGAUUUGACUUGAUCUGGAAUGCUCAUUGUUUCCUAAAAAUGAAACUAUGGUAGAUCUGUCCAUGUGUUGUGAGUUUUAGGAGUUUUCAUUGUGUCAUCCGACUACUAGUUGGCGUUCAUGAAUGUGCUCUCCUAAUCUUAUACUUCUCUGACUCAGACAUGUUGUAGAUGGGUCUUUUGGUUUUCUUAAGAGGUUUUGGAGAGCUUUGGUUGAUUUGUGUGCCUUGUAGUUGUAAUAGUCUGUUGGUUGUUUGUGAGAGGUUUUUGAUAUUUGGCAGUGCUGUCCUUUUCAUGGCUUAUGUUGGUUGUACUAUAGUAGGUUGAGUGGCUAGUCAUUUUUCUGAUAAUGGUGCAAAUCUGUAACCCUGCCUUUGGGAUGGGGGAGUUGUUUGUGGCAUUUUUUAUUCUUGCUGUUUUUUUUUUCCUAACUCUGCACAGUUCACCAACGUCCAUCCUCUCUGGCCUGAGAAAGAGCAAUUCUAAGUGUUGUCAGCAAAGAUUGGGGAAGGGAGGCUGUUGAAUAAAUAAUGUGCGUGCUUUAGUAAAACACAAUUAUCUUUUU